AUGAUUAAACCACAACAACUUAAGGCACAAAACACCCAGGUUCUUCAGACCAUUACAUACGCCAUAUAUGCAUAUAAUUCAAAGACGGCAGAACAAACGCAAAGGUUGAAAUAUGGAGAUUUGGAGAUAGUAUUGAAAAAUGAACAUUUCGAAUUCGUUUGCAAAGGUGGUGCAGUGAUAUCAAAUAUAAAAGAAAUUUUAUUUAUGAAUUCUAAAAUUAAAGGUAUAACGGAUGAUAUAACAUCAAUUCCACCAGAAGAACAGAGAUAUUACGCAUUAAAUGCAUUUCCUAAAGUUUUGAAGAUUGGAAGAUUUAAUUUAAAUGAGGAAUUCAUAGAAGGUUUCCUAAAUGACAUAAUGAAGAAGGUAGAUAAGGAAUAUGUGAAUAGUGAGUUAAAUAAGAAGGCAGAUAAGGAAUAUGUGGAUGAAAAAGAUAAUGAAAUUAAAGAAAUGGUUGAAUGGUAUCAUGAAUGGACAUCAAAGAUUUUAAAAACUAAAGCUGAUACAGGAUGGGUUUCAGGAUGUUUAGACCUUAAAGCGGAUAAAACAUAUGUUAACGAUGAGUUAAAUAAGAAGGCAGAUAAGGAAUAUGUGGAUAGUGAAUUAAAUAAGAAGGCAGAUAAGAACCAUACACAUACUUUCUUCUCAACUGUUGCUAUAGAAAGUAUUGAAGGAACGGUUGAAGGAACUGAUGGGGAUGCAUUAUAUUGUAAACCUCCUAACUUUCCACAAGGUUUAACAUCGGAUGAAAACAUAACAACGAUGAAAUACAUUAGAUGUAGAAAUGUUUAUGUCAUGGAUGAUGAAAAUAACGUUAAAUUCACUGCUCAAGAUUUAUAUGAUAAGAAAGCUGACAAAACAGAGCUUCAAACAUUAAAGACGGAAAUACUUCAAACAUUAUACCCUGUUGGUUCUAUUUAUACAUCAAUGAACUCAACAAAUCCAUCAGAAGUUUUAGGUUUUGGUACGUGGAAGCAGAUUGUAGAUAAAUUCUUAUACUGUGCUAGAUAUUCAAAGCAAACAGGAGGUUCGAAGAAAAUUAAAGAAGCAAACCUUCCACCGCACACUCAUACAGGAACUACAAACACAACAGGUAAUCAUUCACAUUCAAUAACAAAAAGAGGUUAUAUAAAUCUUGCAGCGGGUUCGGAUAGAUGGGGAAUGAAUAGAUAUGAUAUCACAACUGACCCAGUAGAUUCAAGCACAGGUAUUUUCUGUGGAACCGCAGGUAAUCAUUCACACACUUUCACAACAAAUCCAACAGGCUCGGGUAAAGAUUACAUGCCACCAUUUGUGACUGUAUUCGCAUGGUACCGCAUUCAUUGA